CUUCGGCGGCGAUUGGUGGUCACGCGCUUGACGGUUGCGGAGAAUUCAUGCCGUCUCCUUCUUCAACACCUUCCGAUCCAACUUCUCUCAAGUGUGCAGCUUGUGGUUGUCACCGUAACUUCCACCGCCGUGAACCUGACGAUUCCUCCUCUGUUCCACCACCGUCUCUUCUUCCAUCUUCAUCCACAACCGCCGCAAUUGAGUAUCAACCUCAUCACCGUCACCACCCUCCUCCUCCGCUAGCUCCUCCGCUUCCUCGUAGUCCUAGUUCAUCGGGUGAAGAAGAAGAAGAUUGGGUCAAAAUCGGCUUUUAUCUAGAGUCUGAUAGCAAAAACUGUGAUUGGCUGCAAAUCGAACUUGGAAGUUUGGCUUGAUUUGCAGUAAGUACCAUGCACAUUGAUAAUCUCUUACAUGGUAAUCUUUGCUCACCUUGGUGCUACAAUUUUAAAAGUAGCUAUGGAUUACCGAGUUUUGUAGUCACCUUCUUAUCAGUUUACAAUAUAAAAGAUGAAUUUAAAA